AAAGGUCAUCUGCUUGAUUAUGAACCCUAGAUUUCCGGAACUCUUGAUAAAGAAAAUGGAGUUUCUAUUCGCACGCGACUAAUUGCCUUUGUUCCUACAAAUUAUUACCUGUCGGUUUUACUCCCAAUUAAAAGGCAAACACUUACCUUCUUUUGCUGUGAUCGAACAAUCGGCAAUCACUUCCGGGAAGCCAUUUCCAUGUCUUUGUUUUCCCAUGAUCCUUAGUCCGAAGUCUCGUGAAAUCUCGCGACACGAAACGUGUUUUGGUCUCUUUUCUAGGCUGCCUCCAAGAUGCCUAAAGUUAAAAAGACCGGCAAAGGCAAAAAGGUGGCCCCAGCCCCCUAUGCUGCAAAAGUUGUAGCCCCCAAAAAGGUUGUAAACCCUCUGUUUGAAAAAAGACCAAGGAAUUUUGGUAUCGGUCAGGAUAUCCAACCCAAGAGGGAUUUGACAAGAUUUGUAAAAUGGCCGAAAUAUGUACGUCUCCAGCGUCAAAGGGCAGUUUUAUACCAACGAUUGAAGGUACCACCAGCAAUCAAUCAGUUUACACAGACUCUGGAUAGGCAAACGGCAACCCAGCUUUUUAAGUUAAUGAACAAGUAUCGACCAGAAUCUAAACAAGAAAAGAAUGCCCGUGCAAGGAAGAAGGCCGAGCAGAGAGUCAAGGGUAAAGAAGAUGCUCCUACCAAAAGACCACCAGUUGUGAGGUCUGGUAUCAACACAGUGACUUGUCUUGUGGAAUCUAAAAAAGCACAAUUGGUGGUGAUAGCCCAUGAUGUUGAUCCACUUGAGAUUGUCAUCUGGUUACCAGCUCUGUGUCGUAAAAUGGGAGUGCCAUAUUGUAUUAUCAAGGGCAAAGCAAGACUUGGCAAAGUUGUUCGUAGGAAAACCUGUACAUGUCUUGCCUUUUCACAAAUAAAUCCAGAAGACAAACCCAAUCUUAAUAAACUGAUUGAGGCCGUUAAGACCAACUACAAUGACAGGUUUGAAGAGAUUCGUAAACACUGGGGUGGUGGUAUUAUGGGAGCUAAAUCUCAAGCAAAGGUAGCUAAGCUUGAAAAAGCUAAAGCCAAAGAAUUGGCCACCAAAAUGGGAUAAGAACAGACUUUGUCGCAAUUGUGUAUUGUAAGAACAGUGUAAUUAUUGGUACACAAAUAAAAAAAUAUUCUGAACAGG